AAAAAAGUCAGAGAAACGACUCCGCUCCCAGAACACUAAUGCUGUUUUCCGCCGUGACUUGUUAGAAAUGUUCAGGGCGAUUUUGAGACUGUAGGAGCACUUAUGAACCUCCUUUCCUUCUCUCUUUUUAGGGAGAAGAAGAGAAGCAGGAUAGAGGCGCUGACUGAGGAUAUGCUCGUGGAUGGGACCACCAGUGACUGGCAGGGAAGAUGGGACCAUGUGAAGAAGUUCCUGGAGCGGGCUGGACCUUUCACCCAUCCUGACUUUGAGCCCAGCACAGAGUCUCUGCAGUUUUUGUUGGAUGUGUGCAAAAUUUUGGUCAUUGGAGCUGGCGGACUGGGCUGUGAGCUGUUAAAGGACCUGGCCCUGUCAGGAUUCCGUCACAUACACGUGGUCGACAUGGACACAAUAGAUGUUUCUAACCUGAACAGACAGUUUCUCUUCAGGCCUAAAGACGUGGGCCGACCGAAAGCGGAGGUUGCUGCUGACUUCAUCAACAGAAGAGUUCCAGGAUGCAGGGUCGUGCCACAUUUUAAGAAAAUCCAGGAUCUUGAUGAGAUGUUUUAUAGACAAUUUCACAUUAUUGUUUGUGGACUGGACUCUGUCAUUGCCAGACGAUGGAUAAAUGGAAUGCUGCUCUCUCUGCUGGUCUAUGAUGACGGUGUUCUGGACACCAGCUCCAUCAUCCCUUUGAUAGAUGGAGGUACUGAGGGCUUUAAGGGAAACUCACGGGUCAUCCUUCCAGGCAUGACGGCCUGCAUCGACUGCACUCUGGAGCUGUAUCCCCCUCAGAUAAACUUCCCCAUGUGCACUAUAGCUUCAAUGCCACGGUUACCUGAACACUGUAUCGAGUAUGUUCGCAUUCUGCAGUGGCCUAAAGACAAGCCCUUUGGAGAUGGUGUUGCUCUAGAUGGAGAUGACCCGAAGCACAUCCAGUGGGUGUUCCAGAGAUCUUUGGAGAGAGCGGCUCAGUUCAACAUCACAGGGGUGACAUACAGAUUAACUCAAGGUGUUGUGAAGAGGAUCAUCCCUGCUGUGGCUUCCACGAAUGCUGUCAUUGCUGCUGCCUGCGGCACAGAGGUUUUCAAAAUCGCCUCCAGUGCCUACAGUACCCUGAACAACUACCUGGUGUUUAAUGAUGUUGAUGGACUGUACACCUACACUUUUGAGGCUGAGAAAAAGGAGAACUGCUCUGCCUGCAGCCAGGUCCCUCAAGACAUGCAUUUCUCAUCAUCAGCCACACUACAGGAAGUGCUAAACUACUUGACAGACAGUGUGUCCCUGCAAAUGAAAUCUCCAGCCAUCACAACAACAGUAGAUGGAAAGAAUAAGACGCUUUAUUUGCAGACCGUCGCCUCCAUUGAAGAGAGAACACGUCCGAAUCUUAGCAAGACACUGAAAGAAUUGGGGUUAGUGGAUGGACAGGAGCUGGCGGUGGCUGAUGUCACCACUCCUCAGACUGUUCUCUUCAAGCUCAGCUUUACCUCGUAGACAGUCUGCUUCUCUCUUCAGGGUACAAAAGUGGUCACAGCUUCUUGCCAAAAAUAUGCAGAGCAGGUUUGACCAUGAACAUUUGAAAGAACACCAAUGGCAUUCCUGAUACUUCCACGUAUGAGCGAUAUGUGGAUGAAGUCCAUCUUUUGAAGCAAUGCACCACUCUCAGAGACACUCAUACCUUCAGAUUGUGUGUUGCUAGUCAUGUACUGUAGAAGCCACAUCUGCACUUGUUUUUUGUAGUUACUUAUAUGAACAUAUUUAAUUUGUUUUGCUAUCUGAAUAUAGGGAAAAAAAACAUUUUAAAUAAACUGAUUACUUGUU